UCAGCUUGACAGGAAAAUCUGCAAACUCCAGAGUUUCUGCAUAAUAUGCAUUCCAUGUCCAACUCCAAUGGGGUUCUUUGUCCUUUGGUUUUCUUCUUGGUUUCCACGUCAGUGUUUUCACCAAAAUGGAUAGCGUCCGGUUCGCCUACUGAUCAGGAACCCAAGCACUUCAAGAGGACCGAUCCUCUAACCCACUUCAAUAACUACAAUGGGGGUUACGAUGUUCGAAACAGACAUUACUGGGUGUCUGCGGCAUUUACAGGAGUCCAUGCGUAUGCAAUUGCGGGAGUUUGGUUGCUAUGUGGGCUGGGAUUUGGUAUCUUCUUGACAGUGAAGAAUCCAAGAGGUAGCUCAUGGCCAUUUAUAAAGCAAUAUUUAGAUCGUGAUCAUAAUUAUAUCCUGAUGUUCCUGCUGGUCCUGCUCUUCACCUUUCUCGCCAUAGUUGCAUCCAGUUUUGUCCUGGCAGCAAAUCAGAGCACCUUAUGGAGAACGGAGAAAAUGAAAGGAACUAUUCUGAAAAUGGGAGGAGAUGCCCGUCAAACCAUCCAGAAAGUAAUGAAUGCAAUGACAGAAAUGCAGUCCCUUUUACUUCCCUACGAUCCAAUCACAUCUAGGACGUUGAAGAUCACCACCCAUCGACUUGGAAGAGAAUCACAUGUCAUCCACAAUUUCGUUGAUAAGAGUGGGCAUUCAAUUGAUCAGGCAAUCCAUACUUCGUACAUAGCUCAUCUUGUGAUUGUAACUAUCAACUUGGUGAUGCUGGUUGCUGCACUGGUUCUGCUCUUGUUGCAUUGGCACCACGGGAUUAUUUUCAUAAUUUUUUGCUGCUGGAUCUUAGCAACUAUAUGCUGGUUUUUGACUGGCAUUGAUUUCUUCCUUAACACCUUUGCAGAAGAUACAUGUUCAGCUUUUGCAGAUUUUGAAGAAAACCCACAUAAUAAUAGUCUGAGCUCAAUACUGCCAUGCAUGAAUCCUUCAUCCUCGAAAAGGAUAAUGGUUGACAUUGGCUACACCAUCCAUACCCAUAUAGCUCAGUUGAAUUCAAAAAUAACAGACUAUUAUAAGUCUCUUGGAUCAGAUGAACAAAGCGAAGGUUUCGUCGGAGUUAGAAAGAUUUGUGAACCCUUCUCGGGAGCACCUAGCUACAGCUACAUGCCUGAAAGCUGCCCACAAGAUGCAAUUCCAGUUGCUGACUUACCAAAUGUUCUUGCUAGAUUCACAUGUUACCAGAACAAGUACUCCAGCGGAGAAUGUGAAAGCGAUGGAAGAUUUCUUCCCGAGGCUUCUUACAACAUGGUCUCGGCUUAUAGUCGUUCUGUCCAAUACGUGAUAGAUGUACAUUCAGAUUUGCAGAGCUUGACAGAAUGCAGCUUUGUGAAGAACAGACUUUCUGAGGUUGUUUCACAUCAAUGCCGGCCGUUUAAGGUUUCGAUCAGAUUUUUAUGGUCAUCAAUGCUUGCGCUUUCCAUUGUCAUGGUGCUUUUAGUAUUAAUUUGGGUGGCAAAAGCUUAUCAAGACAGAGGAAGAAGCUUCUCUAUAUGUUCCAUCACCCCCAAUAUUAUUCCUAGAUAGAAUUAAUUAAUUAAUUAGAAGAUGAAUUGCAGCAAAAUGCAAGACCAGAGGGAUUAAAUUAGCAUUGAUUACAACACAAUGUACAGAUAAAAUAGGUUUAGAGCAAAAUUUGAGG